CGUGUCCGUUUGUCUCAGUUCUACGUUCUGAGUUCGUUAAAAUCGAGACUUUUUCAAAAUGAAGAUCUUUAAUGUCGGAUGUACGGUGAUGCAUAUCGUUCUCAUAACCGUGUCUUUGGCAAUGCCGCCUGAACAUAUGAAUGGAAAUGGUAAUGGGAACGGAAACGGAAACGAACUUAUAAAUGGAAAUGGCAAUGGGAACGGAAACGGAAACGGACUUGAUAACGGAAAUGGGAACGGAAACGGAAACGGACUUGAUAACGGAAAUGGCAAUGGGAACGGAAACACACUUGGAAAUGGAAAUGGCAAUGGUAACGGACUUGAUAACGGAAAUGGCAAUGGGAACGGAAACGGACUUGAUAACGGAAAUGGCAAUGGGAACGGAAACGGACUUCAUAACGGAAACGGAUUUGAAAACGGAAAUGGGAACGGAAACGGGCAUGAAAACGGAAAUGGCAAUGGGAACGGACUUGACAACGGAAAUGGCAAUGGGAACGGAAACGGACUUGGUAACGGAAAUGGCAAUGGGAACGGAAACGGAAUUGGUAACGGAAAUGGCAAUGGGAACGGAAACGGACUUGAUAACGGAAACGGAUUUGAAAACGGAAAUGGGAACGGAAACGGGCAUGUAAACGGAAAUGGCAAUGGGAACGGAAAUGGGCUUGAUAACGGAAAUGGAUUUGAAAACGGAAAUGGGAACGGAAACGGGCAUGAAAACGGAAAUGGCAAUGGGAACGGAAAUGGGCUUGAUAACGGAAAUGGAAAUGGGAACGGAAACGGAAACGGACUUGAUAACGGAAACGGAUUUGAAAACGGAAAUGGGAACGGAAACGGGCAUGUAAACGGAAAUGGGAAUGGGAACGGAAAUGGGCUUGACAACGGAAAUGGAUUUGAAAACGGAAAUGGGAACGGAAACGGGCAUGAAAACGGAAAUGGCAAUGGGAACGGAAAUGGGCUUGAUAACGGAAAUGGAAAUGGGAACGGAAAUGGACUUGAUAACGGAAAUGGAAAUGACAACGAUAACGGGAACGGUAAAUGUACAGGCGUGUGUGGUGUCGACACUGAUUGCGAUGAUCGCGAUGAAUGCUACCUUGAUGACGACUGCUGGGAACCUGACGAGGGAUGUUUCGGGCUGUGUCCUCGGAGGUGCAUCAGAUACACCAAUAACUGAUAGAUUGAGCCAUAACAGACAUUAACCGAUAUCUAGACGAGAUGAGAAACACUUUGAAACAAUAAACUGUAAAUACGUAUAUAUUCCA